CACCAGUCUGCUCACACUACAGGUACUGAAUUCCUAGAUGCAGGAUUGAAAUGAUCCCGUAUCAGAUUGUUCUGACGUUUGAUGCGUGGGAGGAUCAUUACCUCUGCUGCUUGUGGCGAAGCACUCGAUUUUUUUUUUUUUUUUUUACAGAAAAGGUUUUUCUCUACAAAGGAAGAAGUCAAGUUUCGUUUUGAGUUAGUACAGCUACAGAAGUGAAAGCCCACAAACCAACGGAAAGUCAUGGCAGUCCAGCAGCAGAUUACCACAGUUGUGCACAGAGCACAGGGUUCAGGCACCUGGACCACAGGCAUCUGUGACUGUUGCUCUGACAUGAGCACUUGUUGUUGUGCUCUCUGGUGUUUCCCGUGUUUGCAGUGUCAGACCGCUUCUCAGUUUGGCUGGUGUUUCUGCAUGCCCCUUCUGGACUGCUGUCUGACCGUGUCCUGCUGCCUUCGCAGCAAAAUAAGAGAGCGCUACAACAUUCAUGGCUCAUGCUGUGAUGACUGCUGUACAGUGUGUUUCUGCUACGCCUGUGCCUGGUGCCAAAUGUCACGUGAAAUUAAGAUUCGUGCUCGAGCUGGCACUGGUACCACUAUAGUCACUCAGCAGGUUAGGGGCUAGCUGAUCCUUUGCUAUUGGACACCCUGGACUGGGAAUCCAACCCAUCGCAAGGCACAAUCACACACAUUAUGGGCAUUUCGAAUAUAAUCAUUUCAGUGCAUAUUAUUCACCUUUAUUUUUGAUUGAAGUUCUGAUCACACAGUAACAAAUGUAAUUAUACAUAUAUUUUAAUUAUAAUUAUAAAUAUAUUAUUUCUGUUAUAUUAAUCAGAAUGAAUGACUUUUAAAUAUUACUUUAGCUUUACAUGUUCCUCUUGCAACAUCUUUAUAAUACGAGAAAUAAAGCAUAUAUAGCUUGUGCUAAACGCUCUUUUUUAAAUUUGUUUACUAUCUAUAAGUACACUCCAUGAAAAUUGUUGGCUUUUUUGACAUAUUUAGAUAAGCAAACAUUUGAAUAUCUUUUGAAACAGUGUCUAUUAAUAAAGUUGAUAUACCACAAGGAAAA